CGUGGAGAUGCGCUCCGAAGGGAAGAACGUUCCUGGGGGUCGGUUCCUUCCCCUUCCCGGAAGGCACGUCCAAGGUCACGGCUCUGGAGGGAACCGACUCGAGGGAACCCAUUGCCCAGGCUUGUGCCCCCGAGUGCUGUUCCUCUUUCAGAGCCACUCCCUCAGACAUCUGUCAGACCUGCAGGUUCUCUCGAGUGACUCCACACACCUUUAAGAAACAACCUCUGCACCAGUAUGUACGAAGACCAUUUUUCCUGCCGCGUGCACCCUUGGGUAACACAGUACGAUUCAUGUUUAUUCAAACACAAGACACCCCAAAUCCCAACAGCCUAAAGUUUAUACCAGGAAAGCCAGUUCUUGAGACAAGGACCAUGGAUUUCCCCACGCCAGCUGCGGCUUUGUGCUCCCCCCUGGCCAGGCAGUUAUUCCGGAUCGAAGGGGUGAAAAGUGUCUUCUUUGGACCAGAUUUCAUCACAGUCACAAAGGAGAAUGAAGAAUUAGACUGGAAUUUACUGAAACCAGAUAUUUAUGCAACAAUUAUGGACUUCUUUGCUUCUGGCUUACCCCUAGUGACCGAGGAAACACCACCAGGAGAAGCAGGUUCUGAAGAAGAUGAUGAAGUCGUGGCAAUGAUUAAAGAACUGCUAGAUACUAGAAUACGGCCAACUGUGCAGGAGGAUGGGGGCGACGUGCUCUACAGAGGCUUUGAAGAUGGCAUCGUGCGGCUGAAGCUCCAGGGCUCCUGCACCAGCUGCCCCAGCUCCAUCAUCACCCUGAAGAGUGGGAUUCAGAACAUGCUGCAGUUUUAUAUUCCAGAAGUGGAAGGCGUAGAGCAGGUGAUGGAUGAUGAAUCAGAUGAAAAAGAAGCAAAGUCGCCUUAAAUAAUCUUCAUUUUCUUUGGCUACAAGCAUUGGACUUAAUUUCACUGAGUCUGUAUUUGUCUCUGCCAUGGAAGUUGAUUAAUAAAAUGUUUUCUUCCUCCAGAA